CCAAUAUGGCAAUAUUGGAGUGGGGGCCCCGCUCCCAGCGCUAGAGGCGGGAGACCCUGGGUGCCAAUAAGAGGAGGAGGACCUGGAAUGGUGGUGGUUCAGUAGGAAGCGCUCUCUGGGCUCUCAGCUGCCUCCUCCGUUUCUGCAUCCGUUCAGUUCGUCUCCGCGCCUCUUUAACUCCCCCGAUCUGCAGCAUCCGUGCGGCGGGUGGCCUGGAUUGGGCAGGGGAAGCAGAGCGCCGGGGGCGCCGCGCCCGCGCCGCCGGUGAGGGGGAAACGAGGGAGGGCUACCAACCCGACGGCCUGGUCGCACGCGCCGCCGGGGUUCGCGGGUGUUCCGGCCGCCGACUGGGACCAUUGCGAUUGUUUUGCAGCAGGGGCUGGCAGCUAGCUAGGAACAUCUCCCAAGCUCUGGUCUUUCGCCUGCAGCACUCUUCUGGUGGUGUCAAACAUUGUGAUGGCGAGUGCUGAUCCUCCUCCAUCCGCAUGUGAGGCCGCCUAUCUGCUGUUCCAUGGCGAGACCUUGCUUCCGAACGGCGUCCGCGCCUCCCUCUACGCAGUUGCGCUUGCAUACUGCUUCAUCGGGUUAUCCGCGAUCACCGCUCGGUUCUUCAAAUCCAUGGAGCACAUCAUGAAACACUCCAGGGAGGUGGUCAGUGUAGACCCGCACACCAACACGCCUGUUGUGAAGCAAGAGAAGGUGUGGAACUACACGAUAGCGGACAUCGCUCUCCUUGCUUUCGGCACCAGCUUUCCUCAGAUCUCCCUGGCUACAAUCGACGCGAUCCGUAACCUGGGGCGGCUGACAGCAGGAGGUCUAGGUCCGGGCACUCUCGUGGGUUCUGCUGCAUUUGAUAUGUUCCCAAUACAUGCUGUCUGUGUGGUUAUGCCAAGGGCAGGCUCCAAGAAAAAGAUCUCAGACUUGGGCGUUUGGCUCGUUGAGCUGUUCUGGUCUUUCUGGGCAUACAUUUGGCUGUAUUUUAUCCUAGAGGUGUGGACACCUGGAGUAAUCACCCUCUGGGAGGCCUUGCUGACAGUCUUGCAGUAUGGAUUGCUUCUGCUUCACGUAUACGCACAAGAUAAGCGGUGGCCAUACGUGUCAAUCCCUUUUGUGAGAAGUGAUAGGCCUGAAGAUUGGGUUCCAGAAGAAAAUGCUUCAGUUGAUUAUGACAACUGUGAUGAAAUUAGUGAGACACUCCCUGUAAGCGCUGACAAGAACAUUCUGGAUAUAUUGUCUGCGGGUUCCUACCAUAAUGCAGAGUAUUGUAAAGUUCCUGAAAAGGAUAUGGAGAGAUCAUCAACAAUGAAUGAUGUUGUGAAGAACACGCAAGAGGACACAUCGUGGCUUUUGAUAUGGUGGCGACAGUUUCUCUGCGCUUUUAAUUUAGAGAGCCCAGAGUCAAGGAAGAUGGACUCCAUCCACCUGAGGAUCACCAGAAUAUUUUUGAACUUGCUCAUUGCACCUUGGAAACUAUUAUUUGCUUUUGUACCCCCAUAUCACAUUGCGCAUGGCUGGAUCGCUUUUAUAUGCUCCCUGGUUUUAAUAAGUGGUAUUUCUUAUGGUGUUACUAAACUUACAGACCAAAUAAGCUGCGUCACAGGAAUAAGUUCAUAUGUUAUAGCAUUUACAGCACUAGCAGCUGGAACCUCAUGGCCAGAUCUAGUUGCGAGCAAGAUAGCUGCCGAGCGUCAAGUCACCGCAGACUCUGCUAUAGCCAACAUCACUUGCAGUAAUUCGGUGAACAUAUAUGUUGGAAUUGGCGUCCCGUGGUUGAUCGACACAGUGUACAACUUCUUUGUCUACCAGGAACCUCUGUACAUAGACAAUGCUGCUGGUCUGAGCUUCUCCCUUCUAGUCUUCUUUGCAACAUCGUUUGGCUGUAUCACGGUUUUGGUUCUCCGUCGCAUUGUACUUGGCGCCGAGCUUGGGGGCCCUAGGUUAUGGGCUUGGGUUACAUCGGUGUACUUUAUGGUGCUUUGGGUUGUUUUUGUUGUAUUUUCCUCUUUGAGAUUUUCUGGAAUAAUAUAGGCUGAAAACAUAGGUGGUUAAUUUUAAUUUUUCUUUUUUAUAUUUGUUACUGUUUGUUUUCAUACCCACACAGAAAGCGUGGAGGUGAAAUUAGGGAUUAUAGUAUAGAUGUUUGAUCUGUGUAAUGAUUAUUUAAGCCAGAAAUAUAUUGUAUAGUUGCAUAAUUGUUGAAUCUUAAUUGUUGUCAGUGUUACUUGUA